UGCAGACUCCGACACGCGAAAGCCCUGAAGAGAAUACAGAAAAAAUGUGACCGUGUCGCGCAACUUAUCCAGAGCUCGUGAAGGCAUGAGAGGCCACCGGAGAGACGAUCGCCAUCUGAACUGCACGGAGCGCCACGCGCGUUUAUUUUGUUGAUCGAGAAAAGUUUAAUUAAGAUAUACAAUGUUUAUGAAUGUGAGUUUUCUGAACACCACUGCGCUGGACCCUAGCGAGCAAGCACUUCAACGGCCGCCCUGGGUCACUACUACUCUAGGGUGUUUCCUCAUAUUCACUAUAGUGGUGGAUAUUUUAGGAAACCUGCUGGUGAUUUUUUCCGUCUACAGAAACAAGAAACUUCGGAACGCAGGUAACAUCUUUGUGGUGAGUUUGGCAGUAGCAGACCUGGUGGUGGCAAUCUACCCAUAUCCACUGGUCCUCACCUCCAUAUUUCACCGGGGCUGGAACCUGGGAUACAUGCACUGCCAGAUCAGUGGCUUCCUGAUGGGCGUCAGUGUAAUCGGCUCCAUUUUUAACAUCACCGGCAUCGCAAUUAAUCGCUAUUGCUACAUAUGCCACAGCCUCAAGUAUGACAAGUUGUACAGUGACAAAAACUCAGUGUGCUACGUCCUGCUGAUCUGGGCAUUGACUGUGCUUGCUAUUGUGCCCAACUUGUUCGUAGGCUCACUGCAGUAUGAGCCACGUGUUUACUCGUGCACGUUUGAACAGUCUGCGAGCUCAGCAUACACAAUCGCUGUUGUCUUCUUCCACUUCAUUCUACCCAUUAUGAUUGUUACCUACUGUUACCUGCGAAUCUGGGUUCUGGUCAUACAGGUGAGACGACGCAUCAAGCCGGACAAUCGCCCCAAGCUCACACCUCAUGAUAUACGAAACUUUGUCACAAUGUUUGUCGUAUUUGUGCUCUUUGCUGUCUGCUGGGCACCUUUAAACUUCAUCGGACUGGCUGUAGCAAUUUCUCCAGAGCAUGUGGUUCCUCUAAUACCAGAAUGGCUCUUUGUGGCAAGUUAUUUCAUGGCAUACUUUAACAGUUGCCUCAACGCAAUAGUCUAUGGAGUGUUGAACCAGAAUUUCCGACGCGAGUACAAGCGAAUCGUUGUGUCUGUAUGUACUGCAAGGAUCUUCUUUCCAGAAAGUUCCAACGAGGCACAAGAGAGAUUAAAGAGUAAACCCUCACCACUCAUGACCAACAACAAUCAGGUCAAGGUGGACUCUGUGUGAACAGUGUGCAUGUAAAUGUGUGUAUGUUUCAAAGGUGAAGAGAACACAAUAAAAUAAACCAAGAAAACUUACAUUUAAAUGAAAUCUGAUAAGACUUUACCAAAUAUGUUGCCAGGGAGCGUCUUGUCCUGAAACUGUGAUCUGUUGCCUCAACCCAAUAAAAACAAACAGG